GGCUUCCGAAGAGGAAUUUCAGGGUAAGCAAGCGAAAUCUUUAAAGACAUUGAAUCCUCUUCGUAAUUGACUUGUGUAUAAGACAAGCUGCAGUCAUGUUGCUCGAUGCUUAGCGAGUUUGUCAAUGGACUUCAAACCACGCAGGAGAUUGACAAUGACAAAUUUGAUCCGGCCAGACAGCAGGAUAUCAUGGCAAAACUGGGCAUCUUAUUGUCCCACAAUGCCACCAAAUUCUCUUUAGCGUGCAAGCCGCCUCGGCAACCACAGGAUGCCAUCCGCAUGGUCAAAGAAAUGAGUGAUACAAUUUAUCGACUGAUUGGAUUCUAUCAAGAAAUUCCCUUGAAUGCUGGCAAAGUGUACCAUGCCACUUACCGUCGAAAAGUGCAAGAACUGUUACGAGCCACCCAUCAUCUUUGUCAGACGUUUUUACCAGAAGAUAAGAAAGAAAAGGCUUCGUUUAUGGUGCCGACGGCCACGUUGUGGGAUUUAUGUAAAACACUGAAUGGUCUACCUGCUUCCAACGCACGUGCCGUGAUUCAGGAAUGGAAACUUUUAAUGGACACCUUGAAAGACUGCAAAGAAGAAGUGCAUAAUGUGGUGGACAAUGGCGUUGACGAUUUUGAAGGAGAGGAAGAUGCUGUCCCUUUGGAAGGUGAAGCACUAAAAGUAGCGAAACGAUGCGCGCAGCUGGUGGAUGUUACCGUUUUUUUAUUCCGCAAAAUUGAAAAGUGCUUCGACAAGCAAGAUGUAACCUGGCUCGACAAUGUCUACGACCAAGGAAAACGUGUAACCGACGAAGCAGACGUUUUGGUCUCUGAAAUCUACGAUGCUGAGCCAAACGAGAUGGAGGGUGCUGUGAAGCAGUAUGCUCAGCAUGUGACAGAUUUAAUCCAAAUCGCGCAGGAAGCGAUUAACGGCGCUGAUGCAAAGAUAUUCGAGAUGUGCAAAACAAAACUGAACGAGAUCAUCACGGCUGCCUAAAUUUAUACAUUUACAUUAUCUGGCAUACACUUCAUUUUUCACAAACUUUUUUUUUGGUCAUUCUUUACGAGCAUGCCUUAUUCACGACAUUUUUUUUGUCAUGUCAAUUAUACACACAUAAAUCUGUUGCCCAUGCUGCUAA